ACGUUUUGUGGUUCUGUGUCAUCUGACUUGACGUAUGAUUAAAUACGUCAAAUUCAAUAUAUUGCUGUCAUCAGCUGCUGAGCCCGAGCCGUACACAAGAAAUCAAAAACUUAAUCAAAUUAAGUGUAAGAAGAUCAAAUGGUGCAGUAUUAAACUGUUUUGUGUUCAAAAUGUUACUUACUACCCAACCAGAGAAUACAAUGAAGAUUAUCAAUUUAGUCAGUUACUUAGCAUGAUCAUACCUAUUUCAAAAUGAAUCAAGAAGUGAACCGUCUCCUAACAUUUAACGAAUGGCCUACUGGCGCAGAAGUAAGUCCUCGAAGGAUAGCAAAGGCAGGAUUUUUUUCCACAAAACAAGGAAUGGAAGUGGAAUGUUUUUCGUGUCAUGUAAAAAUAUCAGAAUGGAAUUACGGUGACCAAGUGAUGAAUAGACAUAUAGCUUUAAACCCCUCAUGUCCCUUCAUAGUAAACCCCUCUACCUCAGGAAAUGUUCCUAUUAUAUCACCUACACAUGUACCUUCCACUUCAAUAAACAUGUAUAGGGAAUCGUUUGCUCUAAGAUUGGCUUCAUUUGAGAAUUGGCCUGCUUCUGAUAUUGUUACACCUGAAAGUUUGGUUACUGCUGGCUUUUACUACCUUAAGGAUGGUGAUAACACUCAGUGUGCCUUUUGCAAAGGCAUAGUUAGAGCCUGGGAACCAGGCGAUGACCCAGACAGAGAGCACCAGAGACAUUUUCCCAGCUGCCCUUUUGUGAUUGCAGUCAUCAAUCCAAGAGUUCAAGCAAGAGAUAGUAAUGGCAGUAGUAGCAAUUCAAAUUUGAGUUCUCCCAUGGAAAAAGAUUAUUUUCCAAAUAUAAAUGUUGUUGGAAAUGACCAUAACUUAGGUGAAUUGGGAGUGCAAGCUCAUAAAGGACCGAAGAAGACCAAUUUUGCUACUGUUGAAGCAAGGUUAAGAUCGUACGUCGGUUGGUCUUCUGAUUUAAUCCAAACGCCAGAAGUACUUGCUCAAUCUGGCUUCUACUACGAAGGCAUGGGAGACCAGGUUAGAUGUUUUCAUUGCGAUGGGGGACUCAGACACUGGGACCCGCACGAUGACCCGUGGACGGAACAUGCUCGAUGGUUUCCUAACUGUUCGUUCGUUAAAUUGGUCAAGGGACAAGAUUUCGUAACGGCUUCUACGUUGGGACAACCGACAGAUAGUAGUGUGAGACCAUCGACGCAAAAAAGUCAAACGACAACGCGGCGACGCAGAGAAGUCACCGAAAGGGAACUCCAAAGUUAUUUAUCUAGUCCGCAGGCAUUGGCGGCGUUAAGCAUCGGUCUCAACGUCGAACGGGUAAAACGUGCAAUAAGAGAAAAAUUAGAACAGACAGGGAGGGCUUACUCUCAACCGGACGCUUUGGUCGAAGCAGCUUUAAAUCUUCAGCACGAAGAAGAAGAUCCUUCUUCGCACGACAGCGAUACACCGUUAGAUAGUACUUUUAGGAAUAUUGUUUGUACAGCUCUAGAAGAAGUAAAUAAUCCACGCGCGGAAACUCAGGUACAACCUGACCACCUCAGCCAGAAUUCCCAAACCACGACCAGGUUAGACGUACUAAUUUCUCCAGUUAAAUGCUUAAAAAGAUUCAACUCCGACUCGAAUCACGCCCCUCCCGUCGAAAAAACGGUAUCUUUGGAGGAGGAAAACAGAAUACUCAAAGAGGCGCGACUCUGUAAGAUCUGCAUGGACGGCGAAGUGGGGAUAGUUUUUCUGCCUUGCGGGCACCUCGCCACGUGUGUUAAUUGCGCUCCAAAUUUAGAAGAUUGUCCCGUUUGUAGGUCUACGAUUAAAGCUACUGUAAGAACUUUCUUGUCGUAAUUUAUUUGAUGGAAUUAAAAGAAUUGUUUAAAAGA